AUGGAUCUUUCGACCGACUCAGAGCUCGACGAAGAUGUCACUGCAACUCAACAACAUUCUGCGACUGGUGACAUUCAAGUAAAAAACGUGCCCGCUAUUGUAACAUGGCAAGACAAUAACGGUGACAACCUGUCGUUAGCAGACCUGGAUAUAGGCAUUCUCUACAAAGCCGGCACUAGCGAGGCGCUGGUCAAGUUACAGGCCAAUACGAGGCUAAAGAAGGGGCCCAGCAAACCCUGUAUCUAUCUCUUCAUCAAACCUGAUCAGAUACGGACGUUGACGUGUGUUGGCGAUGAUGAGUUUGGCAGCAGCAGCGAAGAGGAACAGUGCCGACAUGCCCGCGAGAAACUCGGAACGAGUGCACAUGCUAUGCGGUUCGAGUUGCAGAGCCCUGCCACUUUUGUCGUCCCACCCGAAUAUCCCUACAAAUUCUUCAGGGCUGGCUCGCAGACUGUGUGGAGGUCUUGGAAAGCCUUUGCUCAGGAUACGCUUCACUUCAUUGUACACAUUCCCAUGAGAAGUCUUUCCAAGGCACGGUUGGCGAGAUUCUGUCAGGUUGCAUCUGGAAAUGAAGAUCUGGUAUCGUUGGACGAUAUUGCCAGCCUCUAUGGUGGCAAGGGCGGCCGGAUCAUCGACCCCAAUGUCGACGAUGAUGCCGAUGACUCCAAUGCUGGGCACGCGCCUGUGGUUCACGGCGAUGAGACUGAUGCUCCCCCAGCCUAUGAGGAGCGGAAAACCGCUGGGUCUAGCAUGUCUGGUAUAGCACCACCUCUGUGUCUAUCUCCAGAACCAGAAGUACCGUCGCGAAAGCGUCGCCGCCGCAGCAGCACGGAGAUUGACGGCGACAAAGAUCUCGGCGAAAAGAGCAUCAGUGCCAACGAUAAGAUCUUACAAAUCCUUUUCAGGCUUCAAAAAACGGUUGACGAGGGAAAGGUGGCGCAUGAGGCGACUCUGUCCCAGAUACUGGCCAAGGUGGACAAGAUAGAAUGCCGGCUCAGCUGCCUUGAAGAACAGCAACAAAACGUGGCCGACGAGAUAGCUUGUCAGGUUGAGCCAUUAUGGGACGAGAUGAGUGCGCGAUUACAAAGCCAGGAGGACAGGGAACAUGAUUACAUCAAGGAUAUGAUUGACGAGGCCUUCGAUGAGAAGAUAGACGAUAAGAUACCCGACGCGGUUGAUCAAUACUUCAAGAACGACGAGGACGGCCAGAGUUUGGUCGCUGACAUAGUCGCAGAGAGGAUACAGGAAGAGACGAGGGAAUUUCUGCGACAUCGGCAGAUCAGAGGGCAUUUUACUAUUACUGAUAAUGAAUGA